AUGCGCGAAGCCGGUAUUGGCAAAGUCCUCUAUUACCGAACCAAGGAAUUCGACGGCUACUGCAAGGAAUACCCGAAGACAUCAAAAAUCUCCCUUGUAGAUGCAAUAACGAAGUGGGAGGCCCAACAUAGACCCUAUAUCGAACAACUGGAAACACGAGCUCUCGAACUCGCGAAAGGCGACCUCAUCCGCGUAUCUAAUCUUGAGAACCCCCAAGUUGUAGAGAGGCUGAAAGUUCACGAGUGCUCUUGGAACAAUGCCAAAAAUGAAUGGGCUGUCACCAAUGAAGAAGAAAGCUUCAAAGGAAAGGGUCUACAGGCUUUCUCUCCUGAUGUCACAUGCGCACCUUACGACAACCAAUUAGGGCUCGAAUGUGGGAUUGAUAAGUCCGCAUUUACCUUCCUCCUGCCUAAAGAUGGCAGCUCUUUAUUCGUCUAUUCCAUCGUCCCCGUGCGCGAGGGAGACUUUCUAGGCAUAUUUGCUGGUAAGAUUCGGGUUUUGACUACCCACGGUAUCCGCGGUCCUAUCGACAAUCUGUGGUUAGACUACUCACAAGUCACUGGUACGCUGAACCAAGCUGGUCUCAGAAUCUGGUGGUCCAGCAAACAUCCACUUCCAGUGGGAAGUAAUCCAAGAUGA